GAUUACGUCCCUUGCGUGAGUCAAAAGGGCGGAGCCAACAUGGCGCCUGUAAAUAUCCUACCUCUGCUGUUUUGUUUAUCUUUGGUGUCAUUGCCAAUCAGAGCCGAUAUUUUUUUAUCUGAACCUUGUUAUAAACCCAUUAAAGACGAUGACAGACCGGACUCAGUCAGGACACGGGCCCGACCACACGAGUACCUAAACGUCUCGGAUCUUCCUCCAUCGUGGGACUGGAGGAACAUCAACGGGAGGAAUUAUGUGAGCGUCACAAGGAAUCAACACAUCCCUCAGUACUGUGGCUCCUGCUGGGCCAUGGGAGCCACCAGUGCUUUGGCAGACAGAGUCAACAUCCAACGUGGGGGAGUGUGGCCGUCAGCCUACCUGUCAGUGCAGAACGUGAUCGACUGCGGGAGGGCAGGUUCUUGCUACGGAGGGGACCACCUGAGAGUUUACGCAUACGCACAUAAAGAAGGCAUUCCUGAUGAAACUUGCAACAACUACCAAGCUAAAAACCAAAAGUGCGAGCAGUUUAAUCAGUGUGGAACCUGCUCCUUCUUCCAAUCCUGCGCUGUUGUCAGGAACUACACUGUGUGGAAAGUUGGAGACUAUGGAGAAGUUUCUGGAAGGGACAAGAUGAAGGCUGAAAUUUACACCAACGGGCCCAUCAGCUGUGCCCUGAUGGCAACUAAAGGCCUGGAGAAAUACUCUGGAGGACUCUUCUCAGAGUUUCACCCGCUCUCUGUGCCGAAUCACAUCGUCUCGGUAGCUGGCUGGGGCGUAGACCAAGACGGCAGCGAGUUCUGGAUCAUCAGGAACUCUUGGGGAGAGUUCUGGGGAGAACACGGAUGGGCGAGGAUCGUUACUAGCGCCUACAAAGGAGGAAAAGGCAACUGGUUCAACUUAGGUGUUGAGAAGAACUGUGCAUAUGGAGACCCUGUUGUUGCGCACACUCCUGGUUACAGUGAUAUUUGAAUUAGCUGAUGUUAUUUUCUGAAGAAAAACAAUCUCAAGACAUCUUAGAUUAAGAUGUUUGACUGUAUCAUAAUAGUCAUAUGCUGUUAGAGAUUUUUGCUGUAAAGUAGACACUGAUUGUGAGAUUCAAGCUUCAAAAUGUGUACCUAUGCUCUCCAUCUGAAUGCCUUUUCAUGCAUAGAAUCAGUAAAUGGCACCAGCAGCUGGAACAGAUGACCUGCUGCACAUUCUGCACUAGAAAAAAAAUUCUGCCAUUUCUGUCUGUUCAGGUGCAUAAUCACACUUUUCACUCAGGGAAACUGUUCCCUCUUAACAGCAGGUGAGCCGCGUCGCUCACAGUUUCAAUUUGAUGAAACGGCGACGGCAGGUAUCAGGAUUACUGAGCUGUUUCAGAUCACCGAGCAUCUGCACAAAUGGCUCAUAAUGAGUGAGUAUCUGAAGGGUGGCCAGUCAGAAUUGUUUAACUUAAAAAAGAAAAACUCCAGUUGCGUCCUGAACUCGAUGUGACUGCUUUUAGUUGGUGUGCAGAUGAGAUACAGUUUUGGGGUUGGGUUAAACUCUAUGGAGGGUUUGUGGAGGGAGAGAUUGGGUUUGUUUUUAUCUAUAAAGCAGAUAGAAGAUUUUAGAGAACUUUUAUUAUUAAAUUCACGAUGGAUGUGUGAAAAAGACAUGUUAAAAAAUUGUCGUUGUUCCAAUAAAACGAACCAACAGGUUUGA